AUGUCGAGUUCCUUCAACAAGUUUUUCGAGAAAGGCAAAGCCAAGGUCAAAGAAUACGAGCAGAAAUACAACAGCCAGCACUCAUCGAACAAUCAGCAAAGCUACCCCGGCCAGGCCCCUCCUCAAGGCUAUCCAGGCCAACAGCCGCAACCCACCUCCCCUCAAAACGUCCCAUCCCCGUACACCGAGAAAGUGUACUGGAAGCCCUCCUUCGACGCCUCCACCCCAGUAUCCCACAACUUCCGCCACGAACAAGGCGACCACGGCUGGGGCAACAACGAAAAACAAAACUACACCGACAAUCCCGCGAACUCGUUCCACCACGAUAACCGGCUGAUCGUGCGCGGGCUCGUGCAGAACGGAAGCUACACCAGCGCGCGCCUUACAUCGCACCAGACGCUCUCGCGGCCACGGGGCUAUCUCACCGCAACGAUACUGCCCCCGAGUGCGGAAGGCGUGUGGCCCGCAUACUGGAUGCUUCCGAAGGACCCCUUCCAGUGGCCGAACGACGGCGAAGUCGACAUCUGCGAGAGCUGGCAGGGCGAGGGGAGCAACCACACGUGCUUGCAUUGGGGCCAUUACAACGCCGAGGAUCACAACAAACAUCAGGUCGUCGUCACGCCGUUGCACGAUAUCGCCUCGCGCCCGCACACGUAUGGCUUCGCGUGGAUAGAAGAGGAGGGGAUACCGAAUUGGAGGGGUCGCAUGGUGUGGUAUAUCGAUGGGAAGCCUGUCCAGAGGGCGAAUAUUCCGCAGGGCAUCAGGAGGAUGGAGGAUUUCAGGAUAUUGCUUAAUAUUGCGAUGGGUGGGACCGUGUGUCACGGGAAGCUGCCGAGAGAUGGGUAUUACGACAUGGUUGUUAGCGAGAUGAAGAUGUGUGAAGAGCCGGUUGGCGGGUGGGAUCAAUUCGAGAGGGAUUUCGGGUUUACGCCUGAGGGUCAUCCUGUGUAG